AUUAGUUGCCUGCUUGGCCGUAGCUAUAACCAGUCCUACCAAUGUGGAACAUCAGGAUCCAAACAGAAUCGUCGGUGGAUCUGUGACCACCAUCAGCCAAUAUCCAUAUGCCGUUGUUAUGCUGUACUCUCCGACACAAACAAACUUCGCACAUAGCUGUGGUGGUUCUAUUCUUAACCAGAGAUCCGUGCUCACCGCUGCCCAUUGCUUUUGGCUCACUGGUAUGGUCGUUGGUAUGUGGCGUUCUCGUGUUGGCUCCUCCUUUGCUAGCAGCGGUGGUACUGUUCAUUUGUCGUCUCAGAUCAUUAACCACCCGCAAUACAAUCCCAGAAAUGAAGACAAUGAUGUCUCAAUCCUGAGAGUCAGUACCAACAUACAGUACAUUCCUAACACUGUUGCCCCCGCGUCUAUAGCUGGUGCCAAUUACAAUCUUGCCGACAACCAAGUCGUAUGGGCCAUUGGAUGGGGGCGUACACAGACUAAUGGUCCAGUUUCUGAGCAGUUGCGUCACGUUCAAAUCUGGACCAUCAACACAGUUGAGUGUAGACAGCGAUGGGCCAUUAGAAAUAUGGAAGUCACUAACAACAUGGUGUGCUCCGGCUACUUGAAUGUCGGCGGUCGCGAUCAAUGUCAUGGUGAUUCUGGUGGCCCUCUUCUGCACAACAAUGUCGUUGUUGGUGUAUGCUCAUGGGGUUACCCAUGUGCUGAUCCCUUCUACCCAGGUGUCAAUGCUCGUGUUUCUAGUGUUUCCAACUGGAUUCAGGCCAAUGCCUAAGAUAGUAUUUUUACCAUAAAUGGACUAUAAUAAUUAAGUGUUCAACGGUCAUUCUCACAUUCGGUGUUCCCAGCCUAAUUACCGUAGCCAUU